CAGCAGCCGUCAAGAUAGCCACAGACUCGAAGUUACAGUUGUGCGGCUGGGGUGGGCAAGCUGGCUACGCACUGGAUGGAUGCGUGGACACUGGCCUACUCCGGCCGCCGCCGCAGCCGCACUCGAGCCAGCUUGGCACAGUAUACGCGACAAAGAGGCGCCGCCGGAAUGGAAAGAGCAUCAAGCCCCCAUCAAAGGACGGCGUUACGAAGAGCAACCCUAGUAAACGUCACCGCGAGCGGCUCAACGCUGAAUUGGAUACCUUGGCCUCCCUGCUGCCCUUCGAGCAGAACAUCCUCAGCAAGCUGGACAGGCUGUCCAUCUUGCGGCUAUCCGUCAGUUACCUGCGAACGAAGAGUUACUUCCAAGUGGUCAUGCACAAAGAGAAGGAGGAUCUGCACGGUCACAGGCGGGAGCACUCCCCAUACGACCACGCUAUGCCCGACGGGGAGAUGUUCUUGCAGGCACUCAACGGCUUCCUGAUGAUACUGACGUGCGAGGGCGAGGUGUUCUUCGCGACGCACAGUAUCGAGAGUUACCUAGGCUUCCAUCAGUCGGACAUAGUCCAUCAAUCAGUGUAUGAACUCGUCCAUUCAGAAGAUCGGGAGGAGUUGCAGCGACAAUUACUGUGGAACUCGUUCCUUCCUCCAGAAGUUAGUAACUUGACCCUCCAAGACGUUUUAAGGCCCGACAGAACUCACCUGCUAGAAAGAAGUUUCACAGUUCGGUUUAGAUGUUUAUUAGAUAACACUUCAGGUUUUUUGAGGCUAGAUAUCCGGGGUCGAAUCAAAGUACUCCACGGGCAAAACAAGAAAACUGAAGAACCUCCUUUGGCGUUGUUCGCAAUAUGUGCACCGUUCGGACCUCCGAGCCUGUUGGAAAUACCACAGAAGGAGGUCAUGUUCAAGAGCAAACACAAGCUCGACCUUUCUCUAGUCUCAAUGGAUCAAAGGGGUAAAAUGCUGCUAGGAUAUACAGAUGCAGAAUUAGCAAAUAUGGGUGGUUACGAUCUAGUGCAUUAUGAUGAUCUAGCUUACGUGGCUAGUGCUCAUCAAGAAUUAUUGAAAACAGGUGCUUCCGGCAUGAUCGCGUAUCGCUUCCAGACGAAGGACGGACAGUGGCAGUGGUUGCAGACUUCAUCACGACUCGUCUACAAGAACUCCAAGCCCGACUUCGUUAUCAGCACACAUAGGCCUCUAAUGGAGGAAGAAGGUAGAGAUUUAUUGGGGAAGAGAACAAUGGACUUUAAAGUCAGCUAUCUAGAUACAGGACUCACCAGCUUGUACUUCUCAGAAACGGAACAGCUUUCUGGCUGUGAAUCCAACGUGACAACUCCACCCAGAGCUGCGAGAAGAUACAAAACUCAAUUAAGGGACUUCUUAUCGACUUGUCGAAACAAAAGACGUAUGCCGACAACGCCUGCUCCUCCACCCGUUGAAUAUUUAGCAGCUGACGCUGUCGCGGCAGCAUAUACGAACUUAAAUGGAGCAUAUACGGCACCUUAUGGAGAAUAUCCGCCCGCUCCAGCUUUACAUUACGCUCCACCGCCUCUAGACGACAGAUUUUUAACAGCUGACAAUCUCUUCCAUCAAUAUAAACCUCUUUCUUACCAUUACACGCCUUAUGCACCUAAUGGUUUCCUGGAACCAGCUCCUCCUCCUGGAUACGAAGUGGCUCCAACCUAUCAUAGGCCACCAUCUAGGGAAUAUACUUAUGUAGAUAGUAGCGGAAGAUAUAUGAGUCCAGUUACGGGUCAGGAAAGAAGGUCUCCUAGCAUCGUGCCCGGGCCAAGUCCAGGAGGAUCUAGUGGGUCGACAGAGCAAGAAAGAAUGCAGCAGACGCAGCCUUCUGAAAUGCCCCGGCAGACGGUGCUGAUGUGGGGAGCCGGAGGGGCAGCACAAGAGGUCCCCGUCGAGUACUCCCCGCCACAGGUUUGGCGUUACCAUCCAUCUCAUUAUCACACUGCUGAAGCGACUCAGUGAUUUUUUUGUGCAAUGUUCAAGUUUUACUAUUCGUUCAUAAACUAUUUUGUUUUUUGUUUAAACAAUUAUUAGUCUCAAAAAUUUACAAUAUUUUAACAAAUUUCAAAAAUAUUUAAAUACGUUCCUAAUUUGUUGUGUAAUUAUUUGUUAUUUUUGGUAAUUUAUUUAUAUUUAAAUAUUCUAAUAGCUGAUCAAACUUUUCUAUAAUCUAAAUUAUUUUAUAUUUAUAUCAUUGUGAAAACAAAAUAUUUUUGAAUUUUGUUAAAUUUAUUGAAAUUUUAAUUUGCAGCGACAAAUUAUUUGUUUGUACACAUUUCUUUAGAAAAUUAAUUAUAAACACAAGCGUGUUACUUGUUACCAAAUUAAUUUUCUAACUUUUCCAAUACCUCGCCCAGUGGUUUAGGUUAUUAAGACCUCUGUUGCUCUAAAGGUCUUGUAAAAACAGGGUCCUUCCAUUCUCUGUAGAUAUCUUAGAAUUAUUGUAUAUUGUAAUCGAGAAUUUUAUCCAAAUAUUUUAAAUUGAUAGUCGAUUUUGAUAGAUAAUAUCACGCAAUGCAAUGUUACACAAUUAGUCUUAGAAGAUGUAAAUAUUUAUUUUGUAACAAUUUAAGCUUUGGCUUUGUAUUGAAUGCUUUGUGUGAGCUUGGAAUUUGUUUGGUUGCAAUGGAGCAAAGUCCUUCAAUCAUUUUGGCUGAUUUAGACUUCACAUCAGUAUGUAAAAUAUUUAUAUCUUCAACAGAGAUAAAUGUAUGUAAAUUACGUUUCUAUAUAAUUGUUAUUUCGAUAUAAUUAUUUAUUAUCCUCUAGUUGUUUUAAAAAAAGCGUCUUUCCAGCAAAAAUAGACAAGACUACUUUACUAUCCAAUAACUACUUUCGACUUACAACUAACUUCAUAAAGCGUUGAAAAUAAAACCACCUGUAAAGGAUUGAACACAAUUACAGUUUUACUAAUGUAAACGUAAUGUAAAUCUUCAUAUCUAGACUCAUUACGAGCUUCUAUAUCUUAGGACUUCAUUUUGUAUGUGAUUCUACCACACGUAAAAACUUUCUGGCUUUUCUUUUUUAAAGAAUAUCGAUAACUAAAUCAGCCAUUGAAAUGAAACAAUUUACACUGCCAACAAUAACUUAAUCAUUAUUAUAUAAUAGUUCCAUUUCUUUUGUUCCACUUGGAUAACUAAAUUUGAUAACCGUGUCUAUAACCAUGAUUUUUGGUUGUUUUCCUUAGCUACAAAGCUGUUAAUCCUUACUUUUAUUUGUUCCUUUCCAUAUGUAUAAUUUUUAUUAAAUAAAAAUGUUUUUUCACUUAUUUGGAUUCAGAUCAAGUUAGCAAAUCAUUGUUCGUCCACUAAAUGUACUUCUUCUUCAAUCUAUAUUUAAUGUAAAUAUACGAAAAAGCAUUUUACUGUAUAUUCCAAAAGCAUUCUUACGAUACGUACUUUCUUGUACGAUAUUCCAACAUCCUCUUAAAUCCUGAAAACUUCUUUGUUUCAACCAUUGUUCGUUUCUGUCUCAAGUUCAGUUCAUACCUCUUAGAACUCCAAUUUUAGACUCCCUCGGUUAUCACAUUUAGUUCGUCGAAUAUAUUAGGUAAAUAGGUAACAAUAUUGUUUUUAUUUUUUAAAGAACAAAUUCAAUAAAUUCAUUUUAUAGCUUUGCUCAUUUAGAACUCAUUCAGAUAUAAACAAAAACUAUCAAUGAUUUAAUGUCAUCUAGCUAAAGGACCAAACUGUAUGCAGUUUUAAUAAAAUGUCUCAGGGCUUCACAACAUCAUCUCAUUUGCUUAUAUCUGCAUAUAACUUUAGAGAUAUGAUUGAUUGAAAUGAUUUCUAGAAUGAGAACGAUACAUAUCAAUAUGUAAGCAUGUAUUAUGUAUAAAUCUUUGUCCAGAUCAGAGUAUCUUUAACAAGCUUUUUUCGUAUCUUUUUUAAAAAAUGUUUCAAUGUCCACUUUAUGUCCAAGAACAUUUUGAGUUCUUGUUUCAUGUAAGAGGUAAUAAUUUGUUUCUCUGUACAAAACGUUUCAUUUUGUAUUGCAUUAAAAAAUAAAAGAUAUAAUGCAUUAAAUGUAGCACUACUUUACAUAAUUGUAUUCACAUUAUAUACAGUACAGUCGUCUCCAAAAAAAUAAGAAAACUAUAAACUUAUUUGUGGAGGACAAGUAAUAAAAAAAAUUUGACAAGUUAUUGCACUUUAAAAUAAAAAUUGUAAUUAAUUAAUAGAUGAGUGAAUGGAUAUAUUUGUUUGCUUAAAUACAGGAAACAAUUUAACAAUAGUUUUUAUAACCUUUCAUGGAAAAUAUUGAAAAGCUGACGAGGAGUUUGAACUCCCUGUUUCAGAGCUGAGUUGCAGGGAUCGAUUUUGGAUCCAUUUGAAACAUGAGCUCUGCAAUGAUAUUUGGGAAUUUUCCCGCUCAGUUCUACAGUUUUUUUUUAUAAUACAGUGUGUUCAGGUUUAAAAAUUGGGUUAUAAUUUUUUAAACUGACCCUAUUAAAGAGGUUAUUUACAAUUCAACUGUAAUUUUUAUUAGAUUAGUGGAGACUUAACAUCACGUGUUUCACUCCAGUAGUAGAGACUAUCUAACCACUUAAUCACAUUAUCAAUUUAGUUUUUAAUUUCCGGUAUUUUUGAUUUUUUUUAUUAAGGGACGGCUGUACAUGCAAAAGCACUGCCAUGCCAACGUUCUGAAACCGUAGCACCUAUGUAAAUACACUUUGCGUGCCUUCCCCUCCUGUUUAGACUUCCAUUUUUUUUAAUAUAAUAUCUAAAUAUAAAUAUAUUUAUAAUAAAUAUAUAAUUUCAUUGUGCUACAGUGACCGGCGCGUUGGUACGGCAACUUGCGAGGGAAUAACGGAAGAUUUAGAUGUUAAGUUAGUCUAAUAACCACAAGAUGGAGAGUUUUCGUCUUUUUACUAAGCAAAAAACAUAGGAAUAAAUGGAUUAGGUAGAUGUGACACUCAUAUACUUUUUUUAUUUAAAUGCCGCCAAAAUGUACCCUUCUGCCCUUCAAACUCUUUGCAAGUCGGAAGGGUUGUCACAAAUUUGUUCGCAUUUAAGAAAUAAUUAUACGAUAUGACGCAUAACUCAUGAGACAAGUGUGAACGAGGGAAACACACUCACUAUCUAUUGCUUGCAAGCCCUAAUUUAGCUCUUUAAAAAUCAGGGCGUCGGCACACCAAAGGAAUUAUUAUUAUUCAAUCUAUGAAAGUGUUGUUUCUACCUUCAUAUUUAUUCUUAUACAAAAUCAACAUUAUCACAGUCACUUUUUAUACAAAAAAUUAAAUAGCGUGUAAAAAUAUUUCUAAGAAAUAUUUCACGUAUUUGUUUUACACUUAUAUACAUAAGAAAUUCUCUCUUUGUGAUUUGCUCAUGUAGCAUUGCAGCACUGAAUUUACCACAGACAAACUUUUAAAUAAAUAUCACACACAACGAACUAAGACAGUAACGGGUCUACCAUGAAUAAAAUUCCGAAGUUUCGCAUUCGAAUUUAGAACGUACGAUGAAACAUGUUCAUAUGAACGAAAAUUAAGCCUGUAAAUAGUAAGCCUUCCGCAUCAAACUAAUUUAUUAUUAUAUUACGUCAUUAUUUCUACAAACAAUAUUUUAUGAGGAUUUUGUGAUAUGUGGGAGAUAAUAAAAAUAAGUUUUUUAAAUGUGUAAGCAUUACUGAAAAAUUUUACAACAACUUAUUUAUUUGUACGUUUUCAUAUUUAAAAAAGUUCAAAUGUUACAAGUGACAUUUUUAAAAGAUACAAAAUGUAAUUUAUUACAAUAUAUGAUUAUUUGUAUUUAUUUGGAAAAAUUAUGGUAGAUAUACUAUUAUACGUUUAUUCUCCACCUUCUUUUUUUUUUAUAAAAUGUUUACACAAUAAAAAAUCCAUCUUGUCAAUGUAAAGGGUAUAUUACACUAUCAAAUAUAUAUAAAACAUAUAUAUCUGUUUAUUAAUUUAUGAAAAUUUUAAUACAUUAUUAAAAAUUAUCACUUCAGAGCAUUGUUUUUUUACAGAAUUUUGUACUACAUAAGAUAUACAAGUGAAAUUACUUCCUUACUGCUCUCGCAUAGCCAAAUAAGAAACGUAUCUGUCGGCGAAUACAUUAAGGAAAUGAGCAAAAUGCGAACAUUAAUGUUUCGCUCUCUCUUAAGCACGCGGUAGCGGCAACGUAGCUAUCGAUACAUAAUUUUUAUUAUCUUGUCAGGGAGGAGUUGUAUUUAUAAUAGUAAAAUGUAAAUUUAAUAUUUAAUAGUGUAAUUUGCCCUAAUAAUGUAAUAAUUAUCCAUAAAAACCUGCUUGCUUCUAAAGGUGAAAUGUAAUUUUUUUUUUAUUAUGUACACGUGAGAAAUGACGAUCUUUAUCUUCCAUAUUGAUUAAAUAUUCCAAAUAUUGUGCAAAAUAUUGUACAGUUAUUAUAACGUAUUGCUAAACAAAUUUUGGGUUAAUACAAAAGCAAUUUCAAAUUUAUUUAUUUAUUCUUUAUUGUACACAAAAAAUUACAACAUAUAAUAUAUAUAAAGUAAAGAUGUACAACAGGCGAGCUUAACUCUGCAAGAGUUCUCUUCCAGCAAACCCUGAUUUUUGUUUCUGUGAUUUGUUAUUUAUUUAUUAUAUUUAUUUAUAUAAAUUGUAAUGGUAAUAAAUAAAAUAAAAUAUGUAAAAUGUAUUUUAAUACUAAUUGUAUUAUUACUUACACUUUGCUCCUCUGAAUAUAAUAAAAUAAAUAAUUUAUUUGAACAUUGAUAUUAACAUUUGAACGCGUUUAUAAAGAAAUAAGGUUUUUUUAAAUUAUUAAUUAAAUUGUAAAUAAAUAAUUAGGUUAAAUGCUUAAAUUUGUAUUAUUAAUUAAUUAUUCAUAAUAAUUUAAAUGAACAUAUAAUUAAGGUAAAUAUAUUCAAACAAUUUCUGUAUUUAUUUUAGCAUAGCAUAAUUAUAUGUAAUUAAAAGAAAAUCAAAUAAAUUUUUCA